UAAACAAUCAAGAAAGCCUCUCUUCACAUGUAAAGCCAGGCAGAAUAAGCUCUUUUUUUCGCAGAGUGUCAAAGAACAAAAGACUUUGUAUAUACAUAAAAAGUUUAAGUGCUAAAAGUCUAUUAAUCAAGACAAGAAAGUGUCCCACGGUGUGAAAAGAGAUUCCCUCGCUUUUUUUUUUUGGAUGAUAUUCAUCAAGCUAUACAUGCUUUAAUUGUGAAAAUAAAAAAAAAAUUCAUUCAAAACGGAAAAAGUAAAAACUUUUUUCGUUGCAUUCUCAAUAACUAAGCAUAAACUUCUUGACGACAUCAUCUAAAUGCAAAUGGAUUUAUUCUUCAAAUCAAGUCGGAGAAUGAUGCUGUUCCCCAAGCGAUCUACAGAAUUUGUUGCUGUCAUUGCAAUAGUUUGCACACUUUUCUUAUUUCUUCAUACACAAAGCCUCACGACAAGACUUCGUGAAAUGGAAAAUCGAUUGCAGCCAUCUGCUCUUAAUUCUGGCAAUGAAUAUUCAGGAUUGGCAAUGACUGGCGAAAGCGUUGGCAACAACAAUAAUAAAUUUUAUCCUUCAAACGGCAAUGGAAAUGUUGAAUUGGAGAAUCUUUACAAAUAUUACAAAAGCACGGGACAGAUGAGCACACUGAAUGCCUUAUCAUUGAAUAAUACUCGUCAUUCCGAAAAUCAAAUCAUAUUCUUCAAUCGCGUGCCAAAAGUCGGCUCACAAACAUUUAUGGAAUUACUGCGUAGACUCUCAAUAAGAAACAAUUUUCGCUUCCAUCGUGAUGCUAUUCAGCGAGUGGAAACUAUUCGAUUAGCACCGUAUCAGCAAGAGGAGCUGGCAGAAAUGGUUAGCGAACUUUCAACACCGUCAGUGUAUGUGAAGCAUGUUGUUUAUACGAACUUUACAAAAUUUAAAUUACCAACGCCAAUCUAUGUUAACUUGGUUAGAGAUCCAAUCGAAAGAGUCAUCAGUUGGUUUUACUAUAUUCGAGCUCCAUGGUAUUACGUGGAACGUAAGCAAGCAUUUCCGGACUUACCAUUGCCUGACUCACACUGGUUGAGAAAGGAUUUUGAAACAUGUGUUUUGCGAGGCGAUCCCGAAUGUACAUACACGCAAGGUGAAUCUCACGAGGGUAUUGGAGAUCAUCGCAGACAGACACUGUUUUUCUGUGGACAUGAGGAUGAGUGCACGCCAUUCAACACGAAAGGAGCACUUGAAAAGGCGAAGUAUAAUGUUGAGACACAAUAUUCCGUUGUUGGUGUACUUGAGGAUUUGAAUACAACACUUGCUGUGCUGGAGAAAUAUGUACCACGAUUCUUUGCGGGUGCAACAGAAAUUUAUUACAACGAAAUUAAAAACUUUAAUAAAAUUAACAAAAACAAUUUCAAGCCACCUGUAAGCGAGGAAGUAAAGAAUCUUUUACGGCAAAACUUCAGUCGCGAAAUUGAAUUUUACAAGUUUUGUAAGCAACGACUGCAUAGACAAUUUUUGGCAGCAAAUUUAUUGGAUUUAAAAUAAUUGUGAUGAAGUUUAUGUGAAAAAUUAUUUUUUGUAAAUAGACGCA